AAGCUGUUAUGUUUUGUUUUGAAGAGAUUUGUUGUUAAAUCAAGGACAGAGUGGGAUACAUUCACAUAUGUUUACAAUGUCCUCAAAUUUCAAAUAUUCUUUGACGAAAAUCUAUAGAAACUACCACAAAUAUGUGCCAGAAUUGAAAUCAUCCAUGGUUUUACGAACCAUAAUUCAAUUAUGUGUGCAUUAUAUCGAAACGAAAUCCUGUUCCAACGAACAGUUGGAACGAGCGAUGAAGAAGUUACAAUCUUCAAACCAGGAAGUACCUGAACAUUUCUGUGAACUUUUUGCCGCAAUUUUACAGCUAAUGCAGCUGUAUUUGCGUUACCCGAAGGGGAUUGUGAAGGACGACGAAUUGAGGGAAUCACUAAAGGAGUACAAAUUUCAAGACGACUACAUCGAGGACAUAGUCAAGGUGCUGAACCAGCAUCGUGACACGCUGAGUUUGUGCUACCGGGAAAUGCGUAAUCUAAGAUCACCCCCGAAGCGGCUGGUUUGGCGUAUAAAUAUCUCUUUCGUGGACAGAUCUAACCAUCAUCCCACCAUUAUACUGCACAUUCAAAAAACUGACGGCGAGUUCCUAAGUUUCGAAAUGAACGUUGCCAUGUUCCACCGACUUCGCUACAGCGUUGCAUCUUUACUGCACGAAUUACAAACAUUGGAAAGGCGACAAAGUGUGAAAAAGUCAUGAACAUAAAUUCCCCAUUGACAAAUUUAUUCCUGAAUGUUUAUACAGCAUAUUCGAGUAACAGAGAGACUGUCAAUUAAUAGAUUCAUAGAGAAAUCCUAAAUAUGUUCACUGUAAUGCUUUUUGCCACACAGCUGACGAAGUUUUUGAGUUGCUUGUUC